CGGCGAACGCGCCGUAGUACUCAGGCUAUUGUGCGACUAUCCUUGUCAACGCCUCCCAGCAUAUCCAUGGCGUCGGCGAACCCAGCAACAGACAGUACUGCGCCUUCAGGCCCUUCUAAGAAGCGUGGCGCGUCGGACCUGCAAACCAAUGAAACAGAGUCGUCAGUAGACGGGUCCAUGAACUCACGGAAGAUCGCGAAAAUUCAUCCCUUCUUCUCUAAGCAAAGCCAGGCAACAUCCUUGUCCGAGUCGUCGCCGUUUCAAUGGCUGAAACCGUCUCUCGGCCCUAAGCGUACAUGCUUACAUGGGAUUAAUCUUUCUCCACCCUGCUUGUCGAAGAUCGCUGCACUUGAUCUGGAUGGAACGGUGAUCAAGUCAAACCAUAAUAACCGAGGUAAAGGCUCAGCAUCGCAGUGGGAAUGGUGGAGAAACGUGGUACCUUCAAAGAUGCGAACCUUGCACGAGGAGGGGUAUUCUAUCGUAUUUAUAUCUAACCAAGCACUAAAAUCGAACCAGUUGACGGAAUGGAAGAAAAAGAUACCCCUGAUAGCUGCCGCUUUGCCUGAUGUCCCAUUUCGCAUCUUUGCAGCAUGUGCGAAGGAUGGCUAUCGGAAACCGAUGCCUGGGAUGUGGUACGAACUUGAACGGAUCUUCAAAGAUCAGGGUGUGGAAAUCGACAAAGCGAGUUCGUUCUACGUCGGAGACGCUGCGGGUCGUCCGGAUGACUUCGCGUCAACUGACAGGAAGUGGGCCCUCAAUAUUGGCAUUCCUUUCUACACACCAGAGGAAUACUUCCUCAAACUUCCAGCUGCAUCAUACAAUUUACCCGGAUUUCACGUAGCUAGCUUACCUGAAGUGGAACCGGUAACGCCUGCUAAUGUGGCGAUCAUACCAGACCCUCCUAGACAGGAGCUUGUCAUCUUCACUGGUUACCCUUGUCUGGGUAAAUCUUCUUUCUACCGCAGAUAUUUCUCCCCGAUUGGGUAUAGCCAUAUUAAUCAAGACGUGUUGGGCUCCAGGCCUAAAUGCAUCAAGGCUGCAGAAGAGGCACUAAAGGACAUGAAGAGCAUCGUUGUAGAUAAUACCAAUCGCGAUGUUGCGACGCGCAAGCAUUACCUUGACCUGGCCAAGAGGCACGGGGUCCUGGCGAGGUGUUUCGAUUUCACUGGACCGAUGGAACUCGCGUGGCACAAUAACCUGUAUCGUGCUUAUAUCGAGCCCGUUUUCGAUGUCGACAAGCCCCCGAGGGACAUUCUACCUUACGUCGCUUUCAUAGGAUUUCGGGACAAUUACGAAGAGCCCCACACAAGUGAAGGGUUCUCGGAAGUGGUGAAGAUUGCUUGGAAGUUUGAAGGUGAUGAAGAGGCUCGGAGACGAUGGAGUAUGUGGUUACAGAUUGACGGAAAGUAAUCAUCACAUGAAUCGUGAAUCUAAGACUUGCAUGGCUAGUAUAUAUCACAUUAGAUUGCAGACCUUUCAAUGCUCUUCUUGCCUCAGUCCACUCAAGUCUUUCGUUGCUCUGGUUCUAGAAUGAAAGA